UAUGGAAGCAGUUGAGAGCACGGCUCUGCAAGCUGUGACGGUUUGGAACUACGUCCCUUAUAAUACUAAAGAAGAACAGGACGGCUGGAAUAAAGAAGAUCUUUCUAUCUUCACAAGCGAGGCGAAUCCCCGUGCUGAUAGUAAUCGUGGUCCUCACCUAAGGAUGCCAUCCGUUGUUCGUCCAUAUGCAUUCAAGCUUGCUGGUAAACCUGUGUCGGCGCGUUUUGACGGUUUACAUGAUGAUAAGUGUUUCAUCAUGAGAUUUGAAGAGGACCCAUUGGCAAGGACGACCACAUCGGAGAUCUUCGUGCCGCUGGGUGUACAUUAUCCUAGAGGAGUUGAUAUUGAAGUAUCAGAUGGACAUUAUAAAUUGGACAAGGCGCGUCAAACUUUGACAUUUACUCACAACCCUCAGGUGGCUUCUCAUUGGCUAUGCAUUCGUCAUAGACCAUGUGAGUACAGCGCCGCACAUUCGAGUCGUAUGCCGUCAUCCAAGUUCCUCGCUACUUCCCCUAUGUUGGAGGCUCGAGCCUAAGUGAACCUUGUCGCGGUAUAAUAGCAUUAGAUAGAUGGAGGCGUCCAUUUUGUUCGCUCUUUCCUGUGUUGUGGGCUAGGAGUUGGUCCUCAGCAGUUCCUAUGGAUUGAGUAUUUCUUGUUUACGGCGAAGGAUGCGAUUUCUUUGUCGAUAUUGUUAUUGAUGGAAAUCUUUUUGCCUUUGCAAUUCGAGUGGCGCCAAUUUAGUUACUUGUUCUUCAUACUGUGCCUCUACACUUAUAGGGUUCUUUCAGCAAAGGUUGAGGAAUCCUGUGAGUGUUUAUAUGAUUGAUACCAUCAUUUGGAUGUAUAUCGGUUGUUCGCCAAUACUAACAUCUACGAGGUUCCUCACAUAGUAGAUAUGUUCCUAUAGUGUGUUAGUAGUGUCGGUGAU